UCUGCGUCUAAAACAUGCUGUAUGGUCCUUGUGCUGUAUUGAAUCCUCAUACUAAAGGACAUGAAACAUCACGACUUCAGCAGGAGGCUACUGGUGCUCUCUGUCCUUUCAACCAUCUUUGAUUCUCUUAAUGCGGUCGAAGUCUGUUCCAACACUAUUCUGCCAGGAUCUAAAGGAGACCUGGGUGAAGGGGGAGGCGAGGGAGACCAGGGACGGCUGGGAAAGACCGGCCCACCAGGACUACUAGGUCUGACAGGGGAGCUCGGAGAUAAAGGAGAGCAGGGCCGGACGGGGAAGAUGGGUCCUGCUGGAGACCAAGGAGACGCAGGAGAUGCAGGAGUCGAUGGACCCUCUGGACUGAAAGGGAAAGCAGGGGCAACAUGUGACUGUGGGAGGUACAGGAAGGUGGUUGGACAGAUGGACAUCAAUGUCAGAAAGCUGAAGAAUGCAGUCAAGUUUGUGAAAAAUGUCAUUUUAGGCAUUAAGGAAACGGAGGAGAAAUUUUACCUGAUUGUGAAAGAGGCCAGAAAGUACCGAGAGGCUCUGAUAAACUGUAAGCUGAGGGGCGGUAUGCUCGCCAUGCCCAAAACAACAGACACCAACACCCUGAUUGCAGACUACGUCACCCAGGCCGGCCUUACCCAGGUCUUCAUCGGGCUGCAGGCUGGGCAGAAGGGGGGAGGGCCUGUUUACGCAGACUUGACCCCAGUGAGGAACUAUACAGCCUGGGGCCUAGAGGAGCCAUCAGGGGCCCCUUCCAACACCAGCUGUGUGAAGAUGGUCAGCACAGGCACCUGGAACCAGGUGGAGUGUGACAUCACCAUGUACUACGUGUGCGAGUUCAAGAAGAGCAGGAGAGGUCUCGCCGCCGUGCUGUGAUGUCAUCAAGUCGGUGGAAGGUUGACGUGGACAUUAGACCUUUAUAGUAAGACAGAAACCAGUAGUACUUUAACCUAUAGUUAAACAUGUAGCCUUAUAGUAACUAGACAAAGGUCAUUGAUAUAACCUAGCCUAUUGAUAUUAAUGAGAGAUAAGUGUUGGUAUUCAUGGGGGCCUCCCGAGUGGCGCAGCGGUCUAAGAGGUGUCACUACAGACCCGGGUUUGAUCCCGGGCUGUAUCACAACCAGCCGUGACCGGGAGUCCCAUAGGGCGGUGCACAAUUGGCCCAGUGUCGUCCGGGUUAGAGGAGGGUUUGGCCAGGGGGCUAUACUUGGCAUCGUCAGUCUCUAGCGCCUCCUUGUGGCGGGCCCGGGCGCCUGUAGACUGACCUCGGGUUGUCAGUUGAACGGUGUUUCCUGCGACACAUUGGUGCGGCUGACUUCUGGGUUAAGAGGGCGGGUGUUAAGAAGAAGGGCGGUUUGGCGGGUCAUGUUUCAGAGGACACAUGACUCGACCUUCGCCUCCCGAGCCCGUUGGAGAGUUGCAGCGAUGAGAUGAGAUUCAAAUUGGGGAGAAAAUGUUUUUUGUUGUUGUGUUUUUAAAGUUGGUUUCCCUUUUGACACUUAAGCCUGUUGUUUUUUAAAGUUGGUUUCCCUUUUGACACUUAAGCCUGUUGUGUUUUUAAAGUUGGUUUCCCUUUUGACACUUAAGCCUGUUGUGUUUUUAAAGUUGGUUUCCCUUUUGACACUUAAGCCUGUUGUUUUUUAAAAGUUGGUAUCCCUUUUGACACUUAAGCCUGUUGUUUUUUUAAAGUUGGUAUCCCUUUUGACACUUAAGCCUGUUGUUUUUUGGGGGAUAGCACAUAAAAACCUUUCCCUUUCUGUAAUAAAACACCAUACAAAUCAA